UCUCCUUGGCCUCGUCGGUUGUCCUGGAGAAAAUUAAGGACCUUGAAUGUUUUUCUGCAGCGGUAUUGAAGUCUUUUAUUAUAUGACAUACAGCCAUGCCCACAACUCUGGAAGUUCCAACGUUGCAGGAGCUGAAAGUGGAUGAGAUCAGUGUGUCAUCUGCAGUGCUGAAGGCUGCUGCUCACCAUUAUGGUUGCCAGUGUGACAAACCGAACAAGGAGUUCAUGCUGUGCCGCUGGGAGGAGAAGGACCCCAGGAAGUGUCUACAAGAAGGCAGGAAAGUCAACGAGUGUGCACUCAACUUCUUCAGGCAAAUCAAGGGAAACUGUGCAGAGUCGUUCACCGAGUAUUGGACAUGUCUGGAUUAUUCGAAAUCGGCGGAACUACGUCGUUGCCGUAAGCAGCAGCAAGCCUUCGACAGCUGUGUCCUUGAUAAGCUGGGAUGGGAGAGACCUGAGCUGGGAGACCUGUCUAAGGUGACCAAAGUGUCGACCUCACGUCCCCUCCCUGAGAACCCCUACCAUUCUAGACCACGUCCUGAGCCCAAUCCGCCCAUCGAGGCUAAACUGGAGCCUGCGAAACAUGGCAGCAGGUUAUUCUUCUGGAACUGGUGAGGCAUGUCCAGGCAGCCAGUCACCUUCCAAAGCCAUGAGCUCAGUCCAAAAGCAGAUAAACUACAUGUGAUCAAUGAUCCAUCAGCAAGUUUAAAGGAUUGGUUUUGGACAGGGCUCAUGUCCUAACAAUCUCUCUCACCAGCUGAACAUCCAGCAUCAUUAAUAAAGGAGGGAAGAAUGGAUGAUUGUGUGAACAAAGACCAUGAAUCUAUACAACUUUCCUGACCACUUCUGUAAAUGUAAUCAGUAAACAAAUGCAACAUGCUGUUAUUGUUGUUGUCACACAAUAAAGAAAUAAAUUGUAA